GUCCCACAAUGCUUUGGGACUUCUCUGGAAAGAUGGCGGCAUGUCUGUAACACGGAUGUUUUACUGUUGUUUUUAUUUUUUAAUUAAUCAGCUUUAGUCUAGACAGUAUUUGAAACUAAAUUAAAGUUAAAUCAUUUCGGCUUUAAAAGGACGAUGAAGGAGGGCUUGUCUUUGGUCCAGAGGCUGAGCGCUCAUCCAGACUCUCGUUGUUGGUUCGUGAGCUGGAGCCCAAACGGGACGCUGUUGGCCUCCUGUGGAGGGGACAAGACCAUCAGGAUAUGGAGUCAAGAAGGUGACUCUUGGAUAUGCAAGAGUAUACUUGAAGAUGGACAUCAGCGCACUGUGAGGAAAGUUGCCUGGUCCCCUUGUGGAAAUUAUUUGGCCUCUGCCAGCUUUGAUGCCACCACGUGUAUAUGGAAAAAGACAAAUGAUGGUUUUGAGAAUUUGACUGUCCUGGAAGGCCAUGAAAACGAGGUAAAAUGUGUUGCCUGGGCCCCAUCGGGGAAUCUGCUUGCAACAUGCAGCAGAGACAAGAGUGUCUGGGUUUGGGAAGUUGAUGAAGAAGAUGAGUAUGAGUGUGUGACUGUUGUCAACUCUCACACACAAGAUGUCAAACAUGUUGUGUGGCACCCUACACAGGAACUUUUAGCAUCUGCGAGCUACGACAACAACAUAUGCAUUUAUAAAGAGGAUGAUGACGACUGGGAAUGCCGUGCCACUUUAGAAGGACACACGUCCACUGUAUGGAGUCUAUCCUUUGAUGGCACUGGAAAGAAACUGGCCUCCUGCAGUGAUGAUCGCACAGUGAAGAUCUGGAAAGACUUCUCACCAGAGGAUGGACAGGGAGACUUGUCAUGGAAGUGUGUCUGCACUUUGUCUGGGUAUCAUGGUCGAACAAUCUAUGAUGUUUCCUGGUGUCACCUGACCGGAGCCCUGGCAACAGCAUGUGGGGACGAUGCAGUGCGAGUAUUUAAAGAAGAUGAAACGGCAGAUCCAGAGCAGCCUGUGUUCUCAUUGGCUGCUCAAGUGGCCAAAGCACAUGACCAAGAUGUGAACUGUGUCACCUGGAACCCAAAGGAGGCAGGACUACUGGCCUCAUGUAGUGACAAUGGGGAGAUUGCCAUUUGGCGGUUUCAAGAGGAGAAUUAAUAUUUUCUGUUCAAUCCCAGAAUUCACUGGAACAUGUCAAAGCCACAAAUGAUAGUAAUAAUUGCUUAUGUUUAACACUGAUCUGAGGCAAGAAAGGUUUGGUUAACCUGAGAAGCGUUCUGCUCUCAGCUUAUAAGCAGAAUCAAAGCUUAAAUAGCUUAUCUUUAUUUGUGGGCCUUGUAUUGUAACAAAAAGAACCCUUUUUAAUAAAGUAUUUGCUCUGUCUACAUUCACUGCAGGCAAAUGCAACUCAUUUUCACAAUC